GUGUGUGGCUCCUGUACGUGGCAGCCAAACAAUCUGUGCAAGUAUUUGGAACAUAGCGGAAGAAUCCAAGAGAUUUUUAAGAAUCUGCGUUUUUAAAAAAGAAAGUAGUGGAAUGAAGUACCCGGAUUAAUCUGAUCUGCAGAGUCUCUCACUGCUCACUGAGCACCUACAUGUCUCACCAGCAGACCUUGUGCACCCUGGUCACCUUCACUGGACUUGUGCAUAUCACCCAACACUCUUCCCCUUGAGUAUACUGGACCUUGCUGGAGGAACCUGCCUCAGAAAGAUGCACUUCCUGGCUGUGACUGUAUGGGCAGUGUGCUGCCUCUUCUGUGGUAUACAUGCAGAGAUAUUCACAUCAAUUGGACAGAUGACUGACCUGAUCUUUACUGAGAGGGAGCUGGUUCAGUCCCUGAAGGAGUACAUCCAAGCACAAGAGUCCAAACUUGAAACAGUGAAAAACUGGGCUAACAAGCUUGAUGUCCUGACACGUACCUCCACUUCGGACCCGGAGGGUUUCCUGGCUCACCCGGUCAACGCAUACAAACUAGUGAAAAGGCUCAACACAGAAUGGUCAGAACUGGAGAGCCUGGUGCUACACGACCCUUCUGAUGGUUUCAUCUCGAACAUUUCAAUGCACAGACAGUACUUCCCUGAUGCUGAGGACGAGAUGGGAGCGGCCAAGGCUCUGAUGCGUCUCCAGGACACGUACCACCUGGACUCUGAGAGUUUCUCCAAAGGGAAACUGCCAGGUCAGGGGCGUAUCCCUGGGGUGCGCUACAAUGCCUUCCUGACCGUAGAUGACUGCUUUGACAUGGGGAAAACUGCAUACAACGAGAAUGACUACUAUCACUCGGUGCUGUGGAUGCAGCAGGCACUCAGGCAGAUGGAUGCCGGAGAGGAAUCUAAAACUUCUAAGGCUGAGGUCCUAGACUACCUCAGCUACUCUGUCUAUCGUAUGGGUGACCUGCCACGAGCCAUCGAGCUUACCCGACGACUCCUGUCCAUUGAUCCCAGCCACCAGAGGGCAGGAGGGAACCUGCGCUACUUUGAGCAGCUGCUCUCCAAGGAGCUAAGGGAAAAGGGUCAUGACGAGCAGGAGCCUGCCGACGAGAAGCCCAUUCAGCUAGGAACCUAUGAGCGUCCCAAAGACUACCUGCCCGAGAGGGAGAUUUACGAGUCGCUGUGCAGAGGGGAGGGUGUCAAGAUGACUUCACGUAGGCUAAGUAGGCUGUUCUGCCGCUACCAAGAUGGGAACCGGAACCCUCGCCUCCUUCUCAAGCCUAUGAAGGAGGAGGAUGAGUGGGACAAUCCGCACAUCGUCCGCUACCUGGAGGUUCUCUCUGAUGAAGAAAUCGAGAAGAUCAAAGAGCUGGCCAAACCAAGGCUGGCGAGAGCCACUGUGCGAGAUCCAAAAACAGGUGUCCUGAUAACAGCACAUUACAGAGUGUCUAAGAGCGCAUGGUUGGAAGCAGAGGAGGACCCAGUCAUUGCACGUGUUAACCAGAGAAUAGAAGAUGUUACCGCUUUGUCAGUGGAUACUGCUGAACUUCUCCAGGUGGCUAACUAUGGGGUCGGAGGACAAUAUGAGCCACAUUAUGAUUUCUCCAGGAAAGACGAGCCAGAAGCUUUCAAAUCGUUAGGCACAGGAAAUCGGGUGGCUACUUAUUUAAAUUAUAUGAGCGACGUCGAAGCUGGUGGAGCCACUGUGUUCCCGGAUUUCGGAGCUGCUAUCAAGCCAAGAAAGGGUACUGCAGUGUUCUGGUACAACCUCUUCAGGAGUGGAGAGGGAGACUACCGAACGAGGCAUGCAGCCUGCCCUGUACUAGUGGGGAGUAAAUGGGUAUCAAACAAAUGGUUCCAUGAGCGAGGGCAGGAGUUCAGGCGACCAUGUGGCCUCACAGAGGUGGAUUGAGGUGACCUCGCCGGUCUUAAACCAGCACUCCGCUCCACCUGCAAUGCUUGGACUGUGACACAUAACAAACCCAUACACCACACUCCGAACUCUGGUGCUCUGGUCUUGGAUGUCAUGGUUUACUUUUUCAGACUAAGUCAGUCAGCUUUGGUAGCCAUGUUGAACACUUGCGUUUUCAGAAUCUGUGGUGAUAAGGUCACGGUAGCCGUCACACUUUGUAAGGCAUCCAAAGUUCCUGGCCUUAAAGGGAUUUCCUUUUUUUGUUCAACUGUCAAUAUUUCUUUUCUUUCUUUUAUUUUUUUCCAUAACAUAUACUGUUACUUAUUGGGUGCUGGAGUGUUUAUUGUGACUAUUGUGCAUUUUGUUUCGUCAGUAAAAAGGCCCAGCGAAGCUUUUGUCCCCUGUUGUCCACAUUGUGUGCCAAAAUAGAAACUGAGGAAGAGGAGAGGAGCUCGUUGGAAUACAGAUACACUUGGGGUUCACCUUAGUCUCCAUUCGUUGAAUCAAAAAGGGGUUGGCUAGAAUUUAAGAUUGCUAACUUUUUCAGAAGGUCAAAAUAUUUUUGUUGUUCUUUUGUUUUUUAUUUAUAGAAUGCAUAAAUUAUUGUACUGUUUUAUGGUAUUUCAUGUUUUAAUUGCAUAUACAAAUGUAAUAUAUGCUGUACAAUAAACAGUGUCCCUUUUAAA